AUGGCGCUGGUGGUGAUUGAGCUCUUUUGCCCACUUUCAAGGCAUAGCUUACUUCGUUUUGUCCAUCAUCUUUUGCCAGAUGUUCCAAGGGAUCCGAAAGGUAUAAACUCCUUCACAAGGAAAAAAUCCAGUGUCCAUUCUCCAUCGGAGAAAGAUUUUGAACAAUUUUUUCGCUACACGUCAGGACGUUGGCUUUGGGAUGAAAAUAUGCAGCUACAGGAACGUUAUCGGAAAUUUAACGUCCACAAGUUGCAAGCUAUUACCGCCCAGGUAUUGGGUUCCUCGAAAUGCAUCUCCAUGACAAAAAUCGGGGAAGGCAACUACAAUAAAGUGUUCCGUCUUCAGAUGGAUGAUGGUGCGGUCGCGAUCGCCCGAAUACCCCAUCCAAAUGCUGGUCCGUCACGAUACACAAGUGCCUCAGAAGUCGCUACCAUGGAGCUUGCGCGAUCAGUUCUUCAAAUCCCCAUUCCCAAAGUUCUUGCCUGGUCCGCGUCAUCUGAUAAUCCCGUUGGCUCGGAAUAUAUCAUUAUGGAAGAGGCCAAAGGCAAGCAACUGACGCAUCUGUGGGAGCAAAUGGAUUUGGAAGAGAAGAAAAGAAUCAUAGAUGACAUUGUCACCAUUGAGCAGAAGCUUCUCUCUAUCUCGUUCAGUUUCUUGGGCUCUCUAUACUUUACGUGCGACAGCUUUCCUGGCUGCGAGGCAGCGGAAGUUCUUGGCGAUGUCCCCACGACCAUUAAGGAAGAUAUCAAGAGACGAUUUGUAAUUGGUCCAACCGCAAUUAGGGAAUUCUGGGAAAAGGAAAGAUCACUUUUAACAAUAGAUCGCGGGCCGUGGAAAUCUGCUAAGGAGUAUGUUGAAGCUAUUGCGCACCGAGAAAUGGCAUACAUGAGCAAAGUUUCUCCAUCUGGUGCCCCAGUUUCCGGCUAUGUGAAGUUGUCCCAAGCACAGUUGUCACCACAGGCGCACACCCAGCUAUUACAGAGGUAUCUUGCUUCGAUAUGUAGCCUCUUGCCCAAUGAUCCAGACUUACUUCGUUCAGUGUUAUGGCAUCCUGACCUCCACGACGGCAACAUUUUCAUCCACGAAGGGAAGAUCUCAAGCAUAAUAGACUGGCAGUCCGUUUGGACCGGACCCUUAAUGUUACAGGCUCGAACUCCCCGGCUGAUCAACUACAAUGUGGAUAUAAUGUUGAAGCUUCCAGAAAAUUUCAAGGAACUUGAUAAUGGUGAAAAGGAACGGAUUAGAGAUCAAGUUUCAAAGUCUAUUCAACUGUAUAUCUACGAGCACGAAACGGGAAGGCGCAACCCGCUACUAAACAAAGCCCGAAGGCAACCGUUUGGCAAAACUUUGGCUCAACUUGUAGAUUUUGCUGGAGAUUCUUGGGACGACGACAUCCUUCCAUUCAGAGAUUGCCUUAUUAGUCUCGAGAGGGAUUGGUCUGAGCUAGGUACGAAGAACCCGUGUCCCUUUCAUUUUUCAGAAGACGAGAUUCGGCAGCACCACGAGGACGGAGAAGGAUUCAACGAGACGCAGGAUUUCUGGGACUCAGUGGAAGGAAUUGUGGAUAGAAGUGGUUGGACUACCCCCGAGAAUUUCGAUACAGCAGUGGACUACUUUUCCAAAUUACGGGAGGAAGGUCUGCGCACAUUAACCGGAGAGGAACGUCAGGACUUUGAAUUGCAAACUCGUUGGGUGCCUCAGACAGUGUCGCAAAACAAACUAGCUUGA